AUGACGUAUACCAGUAUUACCCAGCAGACUUUCCCCACUAAGCUGGAACACCAGUCCUGCUGUACAGAACCAGUCAAACUGCAACUUCAAGCUGAAGAAAGAGGAGUGGUGUCAAUCAAAGGUGUAAGCGCAAAUCGCUUUCUGGCUAUGAAGGAGGAUGGCAGGUUGCUGGCCUUGAAAUGUGCAACAGAGGAAUGUUUCUUUUUUGAGCGUUUGGAAUCUAAUAACUAUAACACUUACCGAUCACGGAAAUACUCUGAUUGGUAUGUGGCACUGAAAAGAACUGGACAGUACAAACCUGGACCCAAAACUGGACCCGGACAGAAAGCUAUCCUUUUUCUUCCCAUGUCUGCUAAAAGCUGAUUUCCAUGGCGGAUUCCGAGCACAUACCCCACGCUACACUAAAGACGCCGCGUUUCCUACUCCUCUCCGAAGCAGCAAAAACAUGCGCAACUAUUUGCUGAUAUUAACUACUUUUGCAGAUACCAGAUUAAAACAUGAAUGUUUCAUACUGUCUUGAUAUUGCUCUUCAAGCCUAUUAUGCCA